CCGCCGCCGCCGCCUCCGCCCGCCGCCCGGGCCGCGUCGGGUAAACCUGUUUGGCGAGGCGGCCGCGCCGGGGCGAUCGUGCGGCCCGCGGCUCCCUCGCGGCUCGCGGCGUCGGGGCCCGUGGCGCGCGCGCGGCCGCCCCUCGGCCCCGGAGCCCUUCGGCGGCGCCACCAUGUACUCGGGAGCCGGCCCCGUGCUCGCGCCUCCGGCGCCGCCGCCGCCCCCCAUCCAAGGAUAUGCCUUCAAGCCUCCGCCCAGACCGGACUUCGGGACCUCGGGGAGAACAAUCAAGUUACAGGCCAACUUCUUUGAAAUGGACAUUCCGAAAAUCGACAUCUAUCACUACGAGUUGGAUAUCAAGCCAGAGAAAUGCCCGCGGAGAGUGAACAGGGAAAUAGUGGAGCACAUGGUCCAGCACUUUAAAACUCAGAUCUUCGGGGAUCGGAAGCCAGUGUUCGACGGGAGGAAGAACCUCUACACAGCGAUGCCCCUUCCGAUCGGGCGGGAGAAGGUGGAGCUGGAGGUCACGCUGCCGGGCGAAGGGAAGGACCGCAUCUUCAAGGUGUCCAUCAAGUGGGUGUCCUGCGUGAGCUUGCAGGCGUUACACGAUGCACUUUCGGGGCGGCUGCCCAGCGUCCCCUUCGAGACGAUCCAGGCCCUCGACGUGGUCAUGAGGCACCUGCCGUCCAUGAGGUACACGCCCGUGGGCCGCUCCUUCUUCACGGCCUCCGAGGGCUGCUCCAACCCCCUGGGCGGCGGCCGGGAAGUGUGGUUCGGCUUCCAUCAGUCCGUCCGCCCUUCUCUUUGGAAAAUGAUGCUAAAUAUUGAUGUCUCGGCAACAGCGUUCUAUAAGGCACAGCCAGUCAUCGAGUUUGUUUGUGAAGUUUUGGAUUUUAAAAGUAUUGAAGAACAACAGAAACCUCUGACAGAUUCCCAAAGGGUCAAGUUUACCAAAGAAAUCAAAGGUCUGAAGGUGGAGAUCACACACUGUGGGCAGAUGAAGAGGAAGUACCGCGUCUGCAACGUGACCCGGCGGCCGGCCAGCAACCAAACGUUCCCGCUGCAGCAGGAGAGCGGGCAGACGGUGGAGUGCACGGUGGCCCAGUACUUCAAGGACCGGCACAAGCUGGUGCUGCGCUACCCCCACCUCCCAUGUUUACAAGUCGGGCAGGAGCAGAAACACACCUACCUUCCUCUCGAGGUCUGUAACAUCGUGGCAGGACAGAGAUGUAUAAAGAAGUUGACUGACAAUCAGACCUCAACCAUGAUCAGAGCGACGGCCAGGUCGGCGCCCGAUCGGCAAGAGGAGAUUAGCAAGCUGAUGAGAAGUGCGAGUUUCAACACCGACCCCUACGUCCGGGAAUUUGGAAUCAUGGUCAAAGAUGAGAUGACUGACGUGACCGGCCGGGUCCUGCAGCCGCCCUCCAUCCUCUACGGGGGCCGGAAUAAAGCGAUUGCCACGCCUGUGCAGGGCGUCUGGGACAUGAGGAACAAGCAGUUCCACACGGGCAUUGAGAUCAAGGUGUGGGCCAUCGCCUGCUUCGCACCCCAGCGCCAGUGCACCGAGGUCCACCUCAAGUCCUUCACGGAGCAGCUCAGAAAGAUCUCCCGGGACGCGGGGAUGCCGAUCCAGGGCCAGCCGUGCUUCUGCAAGUACGCCCAGGGCGCCGACAGCGUGGAGCCGAUGUUCCGGCACCUGAAGAACACGUACACGGGCCUGCAGCUGGUGGUGGUCAUCCUGCCGGGCAAGACCCCCGUCUACGCCGAGGUGAAGCGUGUGGGGGACACGGUGCUGGGGAUGGCCACCCAGUGCGUGCAGAUGAAGAAUGUGCAGCGGACCACGCCGCAGACGCUGUCCAACCUCUGCCUGAAGAUCAACGUCAAGCUGGGGGGCGUGAACAACAUCCUGCUGCCUCAGGGCAGGCCGCCCGUGUUCCAGCAGCCGGUCAUCUUCCUGGGGGCCGAUGUCACGCACCCCCCCGCGGGGGACGGGAAGAAGCCUUCCAUCGCUGCCGUCGUGGGCAGCAUGGACGCCCACCCCAACCGCUACUGCGCCACCGUGCGGGUGCAGCAGCACCGCCAGGAGAUCAUCCAGGACCUGGCGGCCAUGGUGCGCGAGCUGCUCAUCCAGUUCUACAAGUCCACGCGCUUCAAGCCCACGCGCAUCAUCUUCUACCGCGACGGCGUGUCCGAGGGGCAGUUCCAGCAGGUCCUGCACCACGAGCUGCUGGCCAUCCGCGAGGCCUGCAUCAAGCUGGAGAAGGACUACCAGCCGGGCAUCACGUUCAUCGUGGUGCAGAAGCGGCACCACACGCGGCUCUUCUGCACGGACAAGAACGAGCGGGUCGGGAAGAGCGGCAACAUUCCAGCAGGCACCACCGUGGACACGAAGAUCACCCACCCGACCGAGUUCGACUUCUACCUGUGCAGCCACGCUGGCAUCCAGGGAACAAGCAGGCCCUCCCACUACCACGUGCUUUGGGAUGACAAUCGUUUCUCUUCCGACGAGCUGCAGAUCCUCACCUACCAGCUGUGUCACACCUACGUGCGCUGCACGCGCUCGGUGUCCAUCCCAGCGCCAGCAUACUACGCUCACCUGGUGGCCUUCCGCGCCAGGUACCACCUGGUGGAUAAAGAACAUGACAGUGCUGAAGGAAGCCAUACCUCCGGGCAAAGUAACGGGCGGGACCACCAGGCACUGGCCAAGGCGGUCCAGGUCCACCAGGACACGCUGCGCACCAUGUACUUUGCUUGACAUGUUGUGUUUACGAUUGUGUGCCGAGUCGGAUUCACACGAGACCAGCGACACUCAGACCAACGGACGCCAGCCCCGUGGCAGCCAGCACUGGACACCACACGUCGUGGACUCAGCCGAGGCUCCUUUCCCAGAAUGCCUUCCGUCCGGAUUUCACACUCGUUCUGAGCUGCAGACCUGUAUGAGACCCCACUGUCGCAGGAGAGAUGGUUUGCCAAAAUCUAUCCGCUGCUUAUUAAUAGUCCCGUAUUUCCUAAAAACAUCUCCUAAAAGCAGUCUAUGAACUCAGGGCUUUAAAACAUUUUUAAUUUAUUUGGUCAUUCGAUUUACUUGUUUUUAACACGUGAUUCUGUAUGGAAUUGAUGGGCUCAAACUAGCUGUGAGCGUUCUCUGAGGGUGAAAGCAACGCAAACACUAUUGUGGUUUUAAAGCCUUGACCAUUCUGACGUUGUCACUCACGUGUGUCCCACGCGACACUCGUGUGCCCUGACGUGGCUCCGCAAGCUCUUAGGGACCCGCGGUGGGCGCCCCACCUGCGGGGGAAAGGGGCUGGGACGCCAGAGACCACGCCCACUCAACAUUUCUAGGUCCAGAGAGAUUGGCAGCCAAGUGCCAUUUUAAUAAAAAUUUAUUAAAAAAACAAAAAAAAAAGAAAAAAGAUGGUAUGCCGACAGUCUAAUGGUGAGAUUGGUCCUCUAGGACUGUGACAUUUAUUUUCCAAAGUUUCUAAAGAAUACGGGUCUGUGGUGAUGAUACAGUACAAUCCUUUCACUGUAUGUCUUUAAUGUAGAGAAUAUAUAUAUCUGGUUGCAGUAUUAAUGUGAGCGCUCGGCGCUGUCUCAGUUCCUGGCACGGGAACUUCUUGUGCUUGGUGUCGGGGCCGCGAGGCCGCCGCCCCGUGGGUCUCAGCUUCGGCGCAGAGUGCACGGCGGACUCACUGACAGCGACCGCCCGUGUAGACUGUCGCCUGUACCUUCGGGGCCGGUGCGCUCACAGCAUUCACUCGCGCCCGCCCUGCCUCCUCGCCGGGGUGGCCCAGCCGAUGAAGCACAAGUGGAAUGUACGGAUCUUUCCGCCCCUGGGAGGCACGUCCGUGUGCUGGGUGUCAUGGAUCUGUGUGCGGAGACCCACAGAAAGCCGUCGGCGGGGCUCUGCCGGGCGCCUUGUCCCCGGAGGGCGGCUGACAUGACAACCACCAGCGUGAGGGCCAGACCCUGCCGCGGCGAUCUGCCUUCUGGGCCCUGGCAUGGGGUUGCCACCCCAGAAACCAUUGCACUAAGAGGGAUGCCACGACAGCUGGAAGGGUGACAGCCGACGGCUCUGUGCCACGUGGGCUCCGUCCCGGCAGCAGUUCCAUCGAGGGUCCGGUCCACGUCCAUUGUAGAGACUCGAGGAAGGAGACAGCCUUCCCGUGCUGCUUUGUGCUGUUUCCUGUCCCUGCUGACACUUACCUCUGGCGCCGUGGUGGCGGGGGUCCCGACGGGGCUGCCUCCGCUGGAGUGGGCGCCCACUGUCUCCUGUCAGUGCUCCGAGGGCCGGGGGACAGGGAGUGCGAGGGGCUGUCGUGGACACUCGGCCCGGAUUUUGGCGGCAGUGACAAGGGUGGACAUGGUUUGUGCAGCUGUCUACGCUGAGUGGUGCGUGCGUGUACGUGUGUGCAUGUGGUGUCUCAUCGGUGGCAUACGUCUCUUCUUGCUGUAUCUCGUCUGUUUCAACGACAGAAGCCUUUGCUCUGAGAAACGUCGCAGCUCCCUGUCCUUCUGUUGGCAAGUGGCACUUUCUCCUGCUCCGGACACCGCCCGCUCCUGGCGCAUCCUGGCUUCCUGCCCAGGAGGGACCUUCACUCACAUGCUGUCAAGUUAGGUCGGUUUCCAGCCACUUUUAGGAUCAUCGAACCCUGUUUGCUUCAAAGGCAUGUUUGUCACAUGUGCGACAGGAUCGCGGUCCGGGCGGCGUGGUGCCCGGAGGAAGGGCAGGCUCCCGGCCUCGCUGCGGCCUCCGGGCCCGGGGCUGCCUGACAUCUGGGACCCCGUCUAGAGCCUGUGGAGGGGGCCCCUGGCCAUGAAGCUCUAAGCUAAAACCUGGCAGAAAGUUACACCUAAAUUCUUUACAAAUUAUUUCGAGGCACCAUUUGCUUUUCAGUGGCCACAGCACUUUCUGUAGCCUGUGCUUGUUUCAUAAACGCUCCACGCUAAACCAUCAGCAGCCGCCCGGCCAUCCUGACUGCUCACCCCCACCUGGGGCCACCUCAGGCUCAGGCCGAGGAGGGCACCCCCAUUGGCUGUCUGCGCCCCACCCCACUGUUAGUAAGGUGUGCCUUGCUUGAAGCAAACUGAAUGUGAAAUGAAAUGAUGGUGUAGAAAUCGGGAUUCGUAUCAAAGAAAAACGGGCAUUUAUCUCGCCUCUUUAAAAGAGCUCUCCAGUUAGAUUCUUCUGUUGGUGCCCUUCGUAGCUGCUUGAAAAUAUCCUCUGAGGAAGAUCAGCGCAGCCCAUCCCCUCACUUCUGUCUGUCGCAUUCGACAAGCCCCCCCCCAACUCCCCGCAGAGCCAUCAAAGUCGCCAUUUUGCAGAAGAGCCCUUUGUGCCGCGUGUGCAGGUGGCCGGGCUCGGUGAUUCGGUGAGGCUGGGGAGCCUCUGCUUUUAGAAGGGGCGGCUCUGUCUCCGUUUGGGCCGGGUGUCCUGUCUGAGGGGCCCUCACGCGGACACUGACUCGCUGGCUGCUGCACGCAAGGGCCCAGCUUUUCUUGUCCCAGAUCGCGUUGCUUCUUGGGGUGGCCCUCACGCUCCCCGAGUGAAUGUGUGCGCCCUGGACCCACAGCGGAGCCCUGGCCACGGCCCCGGGAGGGAGCUGUUGGCCUGGUUCCGCUCCGUUCCUGCGGCGGGGGCGGGGGCGGGGGCGGGGGCGCUGAUGCGUGUUGUGUGUUGUUUACUGUUGCUCAGUGCCCAUGUUGCUGUUCCUUUUGCCUUUCUGCUCUGGUUUGGUUUGGCCCGUGUGGGCAUCCUGGUGCACGUGGCACCUGAUUUGUAAGCUAGAAGUCACCUUCCCAGCUUGUACGAGUCGCCUAACGUUUACCUGCAGCUUUGCCGGCUGAUUUAUUUUUGAAAGCCACAAAUGUAAGUUUUCUGGAUGAAUUGUUUCUUACAUGUGCAGCAAUGUAAUGUUACACUGAUCUGCGGGGAGAUUUAAAUUUUCUUUUUGCAAGGCAGUUUUUCAAUCAAAUUAUAUAUUUGAUACAAUAUGUGAAGGGCGGACCAGCCAAGCGCCCUGCGGGUGGGACCCCAGCUGUCCCCAAGGGCCUGUGGCCGGGACGGCUUGUCCGCCCUGAGUCCUGGAGGUGCUGGGCUUGUUCUGGGGGGCUGUUAAGAUCUGGGGUCCUGGGCGGGACUUUGAGUGGAUGGACAGUUAAAGGAUUUUCAUGGGCAUUUCCCUACACACUAAGGUGGCUCCAGUCGGAGGAACUUUAGAAGCUGGCGUGACCCCAACCGUGGACAAUCCCAGUGGCCCGGACAAGCCAUAGACACUCCCUGUGACCUCUCUCGGACUCAUCUCUCACGCUCGCGAGAAAAGGAAUGUACAUUAGAGAACUGUCCUCAGUGUUCGUGCGCCUCACUUUCAGAAUGCAACUCUCUUAUUUAUAUUUUAACCCGUCCCCCAAGCUGUCCUCUCGGCUCUGCAGCCUGGCCACGGGCUGUUCUCGUCUCACACACUCUUUUUUGUAAGGAAAAUUUCAACUCAAAAUAAUUGCACUGAUUUUGACAACCUCCUUUUGUAAUUAUGUCCGACCCGCAUCGCCGUUCUCGUCUGGCUGACUGUAAGUAGGAGCCGUGCUUGGCCCUGUGACCGCCCGGUGCCGGGUUCUGGGUGAGAGUGGCGGCUCCUCCUUCGCCGGUGCCGGUGGCCGUGCGUGAAGGGCAGCGUCGCCCUUGCCUCGUUCCCCGAGGAGCCUGCGGCCUGGGGAAGGGGCGUGUGCUCGCGGAGGUCCGCAGGCGUCGCCUAAGAGGGUUCAUUGCACGUCCGUGGGUGCUUCUGUGGCUUGUUGGGUUCCUGGUCGUUUGCCGUGACCCCGGGAGCACUUGGCCAAGUGGAGAGCAGGCGUCUGUGUGUCCGGCGAGAGUGACGCCUCCGGGCUUCUCUCUGGUCGGCCGUCCUGUGAAGCCACAAGGUCACUGUUGUGUCGAAACCGUCAUAGCUGUGGAGGCCGCGACCCCGCGCUGUCCUGCCGCCUGCGGCGUCUGCCGGGGGAGUCGUGUCUGCUCGCACGCCCCUCCCGGGUGUGAUUCUGUGUGUGGUCAGGCCGCCCAGCCGGUUACCUGGGCGUGAUGGCACCGCGGGGCCCUCGCCUCGUGCUUUCUGGGUACGUUUUGCCAUGUGACUGUCCCCAGUGAAUGUAUUGGCGUAGCCAACUCACUACAGAAGGUGGUUUCUAAAUACCUUUUCGUUUUCAAAAAAGCAAAUGCAGAUAAAGGCUACCUCUAAUUCUCUGAAGGUUCAUGUUUGCUCCUAGCCUCGCUGUCCACACUGAAAAUAGCCAAACGUCUCCCGAGUAACUGAGUGUGAGCACCUCUGUUCAGUGCUGGCCGCGUGGCUGCGUGGCCGCGUGGCGGGCCGGCCCGCUCCGAGGAAGGACGCACAUCCUGCUUUACCCACCCCACCCCCGCGGCUGGAAAGGCGCCCCCUGCUCCCGCCUCCUCCCUCCUCCUCCUCCUCACCGCCUCUGUGAACUCACCAAGGGCUGGGACCCCGCUUCCCGUCAAUCCCACAGUUGAAGUGGCCGCGUGGUGUGAGCGGCGCAGGCACACCGACUGACCUUUGACCCUGAGCCUGGUGUUCCCACCUCUCCCUACGGUAAACCGACCUGAGGUUGAGCGGGUUGUUCUGUUCGAGUCCCAGGCCCGGUGUUUGGAAGGAAGGCGCCUGCGGUGCCGGGAAGUGGACCCUCCCAACGCCCUGGGUCGUCGCAGGGUCGUCGCAGGAAGCCCGCUCUGGGCGGCGCGGUCAGGACUGAGUGCCCUCGCGGCCGCGGGCCAGGUGCCUCUGCCUCCUCGGUCUUUCCUCGGGGUCCCUUGAGCUCUCGCGUCUGAAGGGCCAGGCGGCGGCGUUGGCUGGCGUGGAGGGCGCCCGGACCUCGGACAGAGGCUCCGGUGCGUCCGAGUCUUGGUGCCUGGCCUGUUCCGUGGCUGCUUCACGCCUGAGCGAGCUGAGUGUCCUUCGGUCUUCCUCAGGGCGAUCGCCUGUCCGCUCGAGACGCGUGGGGUGCCCGCAGAGGGGCUGGCUGCUGGGUGAGUCUUGUUUUCAGCCGGGACCCAACACAGGUGUUUGGGCGACCCUGCACGGCAGCACCUGCUCGAUCGGUCAUGGGGACUGACAGCUGGGAUCUGCCCAUCGGCCUUUUGUGCCCGGGUCUCCAGAAUCAGAAGACCCCCCACCCCACCCCACCCCCGUGUGCGUUCCUGCAAGUGGUUGACAGCGAGAGAACAAAGACCACUGGUGCUUCUGUUAACACUUUCUCUCUACCUGGGGAUGUGAGAGUAUUAGAUGUGUGAGAUCCGGGGGUGCCCUGGGUGGUGGGCCAGGGGUGCAGGCCGCAUGUCACCCCACCUUCCCCGGGUGUAGGGGUGCAUCAGCACUGUGCCCCGCCCCUUGGAGCUGAGCGAUGCAGAGCUAGAGCUGAAACACCUGUCACUGACUCUUCCCUCGGGACCCCAGCUCCUUCUGAAUCUUCGUGGUCCUUCCCACCGCGAUCGGACCCCAUGAAGAGCCCACAGCCCGGACCUGGGAGCACUGCUUGCCCAUGUGGGGGACCUGAGGCUCCUGGGACUCUGGAGGUUGUGGGAACACCCUCAUGGGAGGGGCAGGCCCUGGGAGACCCCGUCUCAGCCUCGUGCCUUCAAAGCCUGGGCCUCGGUGGCCUCGGGACCCAUCCGGGCUGCCUUCCCAUUGGGCAGUAAGCCUGCGCCGUCCCCACGUCAGUCAUCCGUCGCCUCCUGCCUUUGACGCUACUUCAGCUCUGACUCUGUAAAAGGUGAUGCCGUGCGUGUUGUCUCGUGUCAGAAAACAUGAGGUGGCGGUCCCGUGGCUCCUCCUGCGGCCGUGGCCGUGGCCGUAGCAGAGCCAGGUGGGGUUGUUCAGUCGCUCCCGAGUGGUUAGUCUAAUGGAGCUGCGGUGCCAUCGGCCUCGCCUCACCUCAGAAGGCCUGCAGCGCUCUCCCAGACGCUCAGUGUGGGUGUCACCUCGGCCGCCCGUGCGCGAGGACUCCAGGAUGGACAAACCUGAAGCCAAGUGCAGCUCUCGCUCUCUCGCUGGGUGGUGAGCGCUUCCCUUGGCUGAUGGUCUGAUUACCCGCCGUUCUGUGUCAGGGAUGAUGUGAUUGGUCUUAAGUGGGGGCGGUGGUCAAUGUUCUUUAUUUACAAAUGUAUAGAAAGCCCGUCCAUCGUCCCCCCCCCCCCCCCCCGCCCUCCGCCCUCAGCAGGCGACGGGCAACACCGUCCCAGUUUGGGGUCCUCUUCAAAGCCACAUCCCCUGACGAAGGCGCUGAGUCGGCCCCGGCGCCCUGAGCGUGAUGGGGUUUAAGUCGCUGCUGAGGGUGUGAGCUCAUGUGUUGUUACUGUAGAGACAACUGCGGUUUUACGUUUUAAGCCGUUUUCAGAGAAUAAUUGUAAGGUUCUGUGCAGCGAAGUGGCUAAUUCCUCAUCAAAUAUAAGAAAAGAAUGUAGCGUCUAAAUCCAGAAUUUUCUUACCUCUGGGACACUUCCAGUUACUCACCUAAUAUGUAUGGAGGGGUUUGGACCCUGAGUUUUAUCAACUUUUCUAGUUUUAUUUUAUUUUUAUAAAAUAAUUGAAAAAGAACCAAAAAUGAAUUCUAAAGCUCCCUAGGUAGGUCUUGCCCUUUCUUGACUCCCCGGCAACAAAACGCUGUAGGAGACAUUUUGAAUCAAAAUGUAUUUCGACAUUCAAGUUUACUCGCCCCACAAAGCCCAGCAGCUGCCAGGGCCCCGCCGUGGUGCUGGUCCGUCCGCCGCUCGCUCCUCCCUCGCCGCCCCGGCCGUGUGCUGUGUGUCAAGCGGCGGUUCCCGUGCCAACGAGUGUUUCUGCCCGCUGGCCUCCGCGUGGCUUCUCGAGAGCUCGCUGUGUGAAUCGUAAACUUCGCGGUGGAACCGCAGGACCCGCUGCGCGCGCCUCUGCGGCCCCCAUCCUUGUCCUCGGCUCCCUGCCGUGGUGUGUCCGGAGGCUGUCCAGCGCGCUUGAGGCCGGGAGGGGGCCCCUUUAAAUUAAGCCUUAAUCCGAUGUCCCGUCCGUAAGUUUCAGAGUGUGCAGAAACCUUAGGCAGAGUGAGUGUCAACCGGCCAGAUCAGGGUGCCGCCUCGUAAUUCAGCUUGUCUUUUCUCCAGUUACAAAGGGAAACUUGCAGUGAUGCGCCUCUCUCUUUCUCCCUCUCUUCCCUCUCUCUUCCCCCUCUCCGUCUCUCUCUCUCUCUCUCUCUCCUUCUCCUGGCUGUUGCCAUCGCUCAAUGAAGAACAGACCAUUGUGCGUCUCUGUGGCAGUCAGUCGAAAAGGCCUGUUCUGAAGCCUUGAGACUUUCCCGGGGUUAUUUUAACGUCUGAAUUCCCCCCUCCAACCUGAGAUGGACUCAUGGCUGAUGGAGAGUAUGAUUUGGGCACGAAUCUUACUUGCUCACGUUCCAAGCUUUCUUCAGGUAGUGCCACCUGCCAUCGCUUCUGCCUGUGACUCAAUGGAUUUUUGUUUUUGUAAAAGCAUCUUAAAUUUAGACAUAACAUGGAGGGGACCCAGCUUUCUCUACAAUGUGGACCUACCUCACUACAAGUUGGGUGCUAUUUACUAAGCCUGUCAAAUUAAAUUGGAAAAGGUAACCAAACGUGAGCUGUCAACUCCACAUGAAGCUUGAAAUCACAGUUUCCGUUUAUUUAAUAAUAUUUUUAUUUAUUUUGUGCCUUUUGUGUUGAAUCCUCAUGGGUUGGAAACAAGAUCCGUGUGAAAUUAAGUCCCUGUACUCCAGGUGGGAGAGAAGCCCGCUGGCCUUGGCCUGCGAUAGACACUCAGCCGACCACUCACAUACAUUGAAUCCCAACUGCCUUCUUGUGAAAAAAGAGAAAAAUUAUGUCCAAGAGAAAAUUUAACAUUUUACGAACAAAUCCCAAACUCUUCUCUGCACGUACUUAUAGCUGUCACUUCGUUCUCUGUGCCAGCCAAGGCGGCUAGAGCAGCCCCUGCGUGCCCUGGCCGUUGCUUUUUCGCCGUCUGGCCCUUCUCCCUCUGCUUGUGAGUUGAUUUCCUGAGCAGCAAUGGAUUGUGUCGAUCUCAUCUCUCCGCACCUGCAGACGUGUUGCUGGGGGCAGAGGUGUUGCUGAUGGGGGCGGGGGGGGGGGGAGGGGGGGCUUCAGCAGCCGCAGCCCAGGGUCCCAGGGAGGAGAGCUUCCUGGCAGGUGAGGAAUCAGAGGGGAUGGGCCACUUUCCACGCUUUUAUAUUGGGCAGUUUACAAUCUAGACUUUUCCUACUAUGGCGAUCUUUUUUAACGUAAUCCUUUGGAGGUAACGCAAUAUUUUGGAGUCUUAAGAAUUUGAUUUUAUACCAAUAAGACAUAAAAAUUCAGGGGAAUCUUUCCUGUAGUAGAUAGUUUUACUAUUUUAAAGAGAUCUCUGAAUUUUGCAAGAGAACCAACAUUCCUUAGUGGCAAAACUCUGAAAGUUGAUGGAUUUGGGCGGCUUUCUGCUGCAGGAUCUCAAAAACGGGGCAAUUCUGAGUCAAUGUCUCUCGUGUGAACCUCCUGUCUGGCCGCUCCGCGGGCUGUUCUGUGGAGCGAGUCACCCUUUAUGCUGCAUGUAAGGAUGGGCCCUGUUGCACUUUCUCAAUAAUAAUAGAUGCCCCGCGAUUGGCUGGCCAGGAAGUGUUGUUUUACUAGCAGGAGUCCCGGGGGCAGGUGGUGGAUUCAUAUCGGUACCUCAAGAAAAAGAACCUGAAUGUGCUGCAUUUUGUUUAUUUAGCUUUUAGUGUAGCAUUUUGUUUUGCUCCUAUUGUUUUGUUUAGAUUGAUGCUUUUCGGACCCCAAGAGACUGUUGAAAGAAGCCUCAGAUUUACCCUUGUAGGGAUACCGUGGCUUUUUCCCCCCUUUUUUAACUUCACCAUCGGUUCAAAGGUUGCCCACAAGCAGAAUCAUACUUUACCCGACACACCCAAGAGGGUGUCGGCGGGCAGUGGCGUUCCCAGUCCUUCCCGUUCACGCUGCGUCCUGGAUUCGGUCUCCGUGCCGCGCAGAGGUUGGGUCACUCGUUGCUAAGGUCAGACUUAACCAUCGUGGCAUCUCACACGUUUUCAACACAGACCUCACACGGUCGCCACUGAGUGAGUAGCGUGACCCUAGAGGUGCUGCUGGCCCCGGGCAGCGGCCCAGCGGCCCCUCUGGAAAGCCAGGCUCUGCAUCUCCGCUCCCCUGCUCUCACCCUAAACCAAACGGGUGGGGUGUGGUCUUGAUGGACAAAGGCUAAACUGGUGAAGAAAGCUCCAGGCUGAGAGGCUGAGCACCUAUGGCCGUGUCUAAGCUUAGCUGGGUCCUUUCAAGUUUGUUUUACAGCUUCCUAGGUUAAAGUAGUUUGCACUAUUUUUGCAAUAAAUUCAUGGAAACCCUAACAGUUAUUUGUUUUGUUUCUUACUGUGUGUAUAUAAACUAAUACUAAAAAUUUGGCAUAGUGUUUUUUCACCUCCUUACAUAACCCUUAACAUGCACAGAAUGCUGUAAAUGUGAAUGAUAUUUUAUAAAGUUAUUUUGUAUUGUGUCAAUUUUGUUUUGCCUCAUAGUAUGUCAGCAAAAAAUCAAAUAAAAUUCCUUGUAUUUACA